GUUGGCUACUACAUAGUACACACCAUGUCGACAGCUCUCAUUCUAGGUGCAACAGGUGCAACAGGCACACACCUCCUUCGCGAGCUUCUUUCAAACAAUCAAUGGUCUAAAGUUGGCGAAUACGGCAGACGAGUAACACCAGAAGCCGAUCUUCCCCAGAAUAGGGGCAAACUGGAGCAGAAAACAAUCAACUUCGAGAACCUGGAAGCAGCAGAGCUGAAGGACGGACGAUGGGACGUUGUGUUCGUCACCCUCGGGACGACUCGCGCAAAUGCAGGGAGCGCAGAAAUGUUCGAGAAGAUUGAUAGAGAGUAUGUGGUGAACGCCUGCAAGGCUGCAAAAACAGAUGAUCCGGAACAUAAACAACGUGUCGUGUAUCUAUCGUCUUCUGGUGCUGACCCGUCCUCUCGCUUCCUAUAUCCGAGGUCAAAGGGUCUCACAGAACUAGGCAUAGCACGCCUUGGGUAUGCGGACACCAUCGUCUUCCGCCCAGCUUUCCUCAAAGGAGCACAGCGUGCUGAUAAAAGGCUCGCAGAGACCAUAUUCGGUUACGUGACUGGCGCCGCGUCGCAUUUUACGUCCAACGCGGAGAUUCACGUUUCCGUUCUUGCCAAAGCUAUUAUGAAAGCGGGCAUUCUGGGUUCAUCCGGCCUACCGCCUGCUGUGGAUGCCACUAAAGCAGGGCAGGAAGAUGCGUGGUUUACUUUAAUAGGGAACAAAGGCGCGCUCGUUCUUGGGCAGGAGUAAUUCGUCGUUGCGGUAGUUCAGAGAUCCUGCGGGUUUCAGUGUUAUGGAUAUUCUGUUGGACUGGAAGAUUAUUUAGGCACAAAUGUACCGUGCAAACAGUAACAGACAACAAGAAAAGAUUAUAAGCCAGCUGGUAGU